UGUGAAUAGAAAAGAUACAAUGAACUCAGGGUGGAUUUGAGUUAAAUCAAAUUGAUUUAAAAAAUCCGAUUUAAAUAAAAACUGUCUGAUUUUUUUUAUGUAAAAAAAAAUCAUUGACAUUUAUCCACCCUGCUUUUUGACAAUUCAUAAAACUUGUCUUGUUAUUCCCAAUUGAAUCAAUUAUCAUCCAAUCACACCUCUAGAGACCUAUACAGUGAAUUUACUAGUCUGAAAAAUGUCAGUUAUAUAGACUGAAGAUUACAAAAAAAUCUAUGGUAUGUCUCCAAAUAUAAGGGUGAAUAAAAACCAAUGAUUUAAUUAAAAAAAAAGGUAUUUUUCCUCAAAAAGCUUCUGUAUAGAUUAUUUAGUUUAAUCUUUUUAUCUACUCAUUUGUGCUUUCCUUUUUUCAGCUGCCAAGGAAGAUCUAAUGUACAGAAAUCAAAACUGGGACUUCUGCAUAGCUACUUUUACAUGCAUGUAAAAUCAGUUUUUGCAUCCUUUGCAUGCAUGAGUAAGGGCUGCAGGAUCAGCCCCCCCCCCAAAUUGUGAGUUUGAGCUAACGCUUUAUGCUAUUUAAAAAAACAUUGGCCUGGCCUGGUCCCUUCCUCUUUACCUGUCCAGAGCUGUAAGUGCUCUGAAGGCAUCAGGCUUAGUACCUAUUGAAGAAAGCAUCUCAUGUUUGCUGAAAAGUGGCUCUUCUAGCUGCAUAAAAAAUGUCCUGAAAAUUAUCCCUUAACUUUUAUAAUAUCUGAGAUUUAAAAUAAAAUAGGUAUAUCUCCAUAUAUUCAUCUCAUAGAACUGGAAGGGACCCUGAAGGAUCAUUGAGUCCAGCCCCCUGCCUUCACUAGCAGGACCAAGUACUGAUUUUGCCCCAGAUCCCUAAGUGGCUGGGUUUAGCAGGCCAAUGCUCAAACCACUGUGCUAUCCCUCCCCCCGAUUAUUUAAACUGAAAGAAGUAUGGAGUUCAUUUGUUACCUUUUAUAGUUUGUGCACUUUCAUCAGCUUGGGCAAUGAAAACAGACUGUCAGUUUUAUGUUCUGCUUCUCAUGCACUAGCAUAGUGCUGCCUUUUGAAGUGUAUACAGACGCUCCCUGGGUUACGCAAACUCAACUUACGCAAAUCUGCACCUACAGAAAAAGUUCUGUUUGUUUAUUUAUUGUGUGUAAUUGUUGGGUAUACGUUCCCAACUUACACAAAAUUCGAUUUACACAAGGCGUUCCAGAAUGGAAUGCUUGCAUAAGUCAGGGAGCAUCUGUAUUCUGUUCAAUUGUUUCUAUUUACUCUGACUGUUGUGCUGUUUGGAGGUUUGCGGGAAGUCUGGAGAGGUGUUCCAUUAACCACAUCAGUAUAUCGCAUUUCAGAUGGAAAAACAUGUCUUCACAGAUAAUAGAGCAUGUUACUGUGUACAAGAACAUUCUGACUUCAAUCAAACAGGAGUAUGAUGCAUUUAUUGAAGCAAUAAAAAAGGGCCAAAGGAAUGCAUUUUAUCUUCAUGGAAAAUUGAAAGUUCUGGCAUCAGAGGCAACAACUCUAAUAUAUUAUAGAAAAAGAGCAAUCCAACUUGAAGACAAGAUAAAAGUUAUUGAGAGAAAUUCUUCUAGAAUUCAGAAUCUGAUAUUGAAGAUAAGAAAUAUAAAAAAAGUGCCCUCUACAGAAGCUUUAGCUCCAAGAAAAAAGAUAAACCCUGCUAAGCCUAUACCAGGUCUGACUGUAAAAGAAUCUCUCAGCUUAGAUGCUCUUUCUAGACACCUUGCUCAGCUAGAAGAGAGAGUGCAGGAACUGAAAGCAGACAUGAUAUCAAAAUACAUUCCUCUGGAGAACAAGGCUGGCCUAGAGCAGGAACUCAAGCACUCAUUGGAACUACGAGAUAAGGCAGAGGCAAUGAAUGAGAAACUGAGACUUAGUUAUAAUAGAAUUACAUUGGUUGCAAAUGCUGUGUCUGCCUGGGCAAAAUCUGACAAGAGCACCUCCUUACAAGACCUCCUCUCUCAAGUCAUGGAAAAGAAGGAAGUUGUAAAAGCUGCUGCUGCCUUUAGCAUCUCUCAUAUAUUUGAACAUGAUCCCAGCAAGAGUAAAGAGGCUGAAGAUUUGCUUGAAUAUAUUGAAAGAUUCAAUGAAUUAUUUUCAUAUGGUCAGUAUGAGGCUGCAGCAGUUUAUGCUGCAAACUGUCCUAGAGGAAUUCUCCGCAAUGAAGAAACCAUGAUGAAAUUUAAGGCUCUUGGUGCUGUUAAAGGGAGGAUUCUCCCUUUGCUGAGGUAUUUUGAGGCCCUCAUAAGCUCAAGUGCUGCAGUUAGACACCCUCUGUGUGCAGUCAUGACUCUGGAAGCAAUCAAAUGUGCAUUGUUUGAAAAACAAUUAAAUCUAGUUAUGCACUGGGUCACACAGCAAAGGCUGACGUUUUGUGAGGCAGUGGGGGAUGUGAUUUAUGACUAUGGGGAGAUGGAACCAUUCAACAAGUCCAAGUGCUUGGCUUUGGCUCAGAUUGCCUACAGUCAGUGUGGCGUGCACAAGAAAGCUGCUCUGUGCUUGUGUAAACAAGGCCAAAUUUGUGGAGCAAUGGAUUAUAUACAGCAAUUCAAACAGCUCACUUUAGAUGAUUACUUAUUCCUACUGAAAAACUGUCCUAGUAUUGAGCUAAUUCAUUGUCUAACGCAAGAGUGGAAUGAGAAACCAGCAUUAUUAUCUAUUGGGGCUACGAUCCUCUCACUCAUUGAUACUGAUCACAAAGAGCAUGGUUUACAACUGUUAGAGGAAAUAAACAUGGGUGAGGAGAAUGCACUGGAACAAGUUAUUUUAAAUGAUACGGUCUGUACCUUGGAAGGUUGGAAGAAGAUCGCAGAUACAUGUGCAGAAAAUAAGCAUGAAAAAUUGUCUCAAGAAAUCCUCUCAAUCCUUACCUCACAGGAAGGAGUGGUUCAGAUUUCUCCAUUGGAUGAUGAUGAUGAUGUAAAGAUAAUGGAACACAUUUUCUUGUAGUUCUUCUGUAAAGCAAUUGAGGGAGCUCUAACAACAUUCAACCUAAGUAUUGUUUUAGUUGCUUGUAUGAAUUAUAGUAAACAUUGAUCACUCAGAAA